AUGAAAACUUACUACAAUAAUAAUAAAAUUCAAAAUGCUGAAAAAAAUUUUGAUAUUGCAAAAAAUCAAUAUCUUAAUGCAGUAGAAAUUUUAUUUAUCGCUGCUAGCGCGUCUGAAGAUCUUACAAAAGCUUUUGAGCAAAAUAUCAAUGAAGCACAAAAAUUGAUUGAAGAAGCAUUCAAUCUUGAUCAUACUCAUGCUAGAGUUUGGUUAAAUAAUUAUCGUUUAAUUAAUGAUUUUGGUGCAA